GCGGCGCGGGCGCGCAGGGAGGCGGUGAGCGUGUGCAGAGCAGCCGGAAUCGAGGACUGUGUGUGCGUGCGCACGAGUGUGCCUGUGUUCCUGCGUGUUUUUCCUUCUCCCUGGAGGAUGUGAAGGGCUUCGCAGCUCGCGGUUCUCUUAGGAUUCUUGACUUUUCGGAGCUCUGGGCUAUGAGCACAACCCACCCACAUAAUCCAUUUUGUAAGAUCGGUUUACAUCUGGAGUAAAAAGCGCAACUGGACGGGGGUGGGGCCGAUAAACGAAACCUUCUGGAAAUACGCACACACUCAUACCAGAAAGAAACAAUGAAAGAUCUGGGAAGAUUUUCAUAACCUUCCAGCGGGUCCUUCCAUUGUUUUCCGAAGGAUUCUGGAUUUUUUUUCCUGCCUUUCGAAGUCAUCUUGGCAUUUAUUUUUUGUAAGCUGUUCUCCAGCUACGUGUGUGUGUGCGCGCGCGCGUGCGCGCCUAUCUGAUGCAUUUGACUGUCUUUUAUCCAACUGCCCAGAAGCAAAUGUGUUAACUCGGCUUGCCCUCCGUGCUCAGGUUCUCGAGGGCGGAGGACUCUCAGACCCAUUUUCUCUGCUGGAUUCGGAGCGGCUACUUGGCUGUGGACCUAUGUGUGUGGAUCUUUUUACCCAGAGGCUUGGAAAGCGCCGGUAUUAACCUGCUUCCAGGUACAUCACAAGGUCAACAGAGGGUCCCACAGCCCUCUUGUUUUUGUGCAUCCAGACCUUCCUGUCUUGGCCAGAAGGAUAUUUACGUUUUGGACCCCAUCAUUUGAAGCCAAAAGUUUAGCCCUUCCCUGCUGGUUCUGAAUUCUGUUCAAACAAGGAUGCAGGUGCUGAGCUAUGGCAAAGGGCAGCCGAAGUGAGGAGAGAGACCCGCGUCGGACUGUGAAAGCCACCUGGAGCCACCUUGCCGGAAUCGUACCUGCGGGCAGAAAGUCCUCCUACUACCUUCUUUUCCUCUAGAGGCACCAGAGUCCCUGUAACCAUUCAGCCAGGUGUCGGGAAGCCAUGCAGUAGCUGAGCACCCUUACUUCUGACACCAGCCUCAGAUUCAGUUUUGGAGAUGCUCUCACCCUGCCCGCCUUCUGCAGCAGCCAGGCAGAGUGCCGACUCCUUCACAGCAGUGAGGAACUCUUCAGGCUCCAGAAGCUCUUAAAUCUGAUCUACAAUGGAAAAAUUCCUUUUUUAUCUGUUUUUCAUUGGCAUAGCAGUGAGAGCUCAGAUCUGUCCAAAGCGUUGUGUCUGUCAGAUUUUGUCUCCUAAUCUUGCAACCCUUUGUGCCAAGAAAGGGCUUUUAUUUGUUCCACCAAACAUUGACAGAAAAACUGUGGAACUGCGCUUGGCAGACAAUUUUGUUACAAAUAUUAAGAGGAAAGAUUUUGCCAAUAUGACCAGCUUGGUGGACCUGACUCUAUCCAGGAAUACAAUAAGUUUUAUUACACCGCAUGCUUUUGCUGACUUACGAAAUCUGAGGGCAUUGCAUUUGAAUAGCAACAGAUUGACUAAAAUUACAAAUGAUAUGUUCAGUGGGCUUUCCAAUCUCCACCAUUUGAUACUGAACAACAAUCAGCUGACUUUAAUUUCAUCUACAGCAUUUGAUGAUGUCUUUGCCCUUGAGGAGCUGGAUUUGUCCUAUAAUAAUUUAGAAACAAUUCCUUGGGAUGCUGUUGAGAAGAUGGUUAGCUUGCACACCCUUAGUUUGGAUCACAAUAUGAUUGAUAACAUUCCUAAGGGGACUUUCUCCCACUUGCACAAGAUGACUCGGCUCGACGUAACAUCAAAUAAAUUGCAGAAGCUACCGCCUGACCCUCUCUUUCAGCGAGCUCAGGUACUCGUGACCUCAGGAAUCAUAAACCCGUCUACUUUUGCAUUAAGCUUUGGUGGAAACCCUUUGCAUUGCAAUUGUGAAUUGUUGUGGUUGAGGCGUCUGUCCAGAGAAGAUGACCUAGAGACCUGUGCUUCUCCAGCACUUUUAACUGGUCGCUAUUUUUGGUCAAUUCCCGAGGAAGAGUUUUUGUGUGAGCCUCCUCUCAUUACUCGCCAUACACAUGAGAUGAGAGUCCUAGAGGGUCAAAGGGCAACCCUGAGGUGCAAAGCCAGGGGAGACCCCGAACCUGCAAUUCACUGGAUUUCUCCUGAAGGGAAGCUGAUUUCAAAUGCAACAAGAUCUCUGGUGUAUGAUAAUGGAACACUUGACAUCAUGAUAACAACUGUAAAGGACACAGGUGCUUUUACCUGCAUUGCUUCCAAUCCUGCAGGGGAAGCCACACAAACAGUGGAUCUUCACAUAAUUAAGCUCCCUCACUUACUGAACAGUACAAACCACAUCCAUGAGCCUGACCCUGGUUCUUCAGAUAUUUCAACUUCUACUAAGUCAGGUUCUAAUGCAAGCACUAGUAAUGGUGAUACCAAGAUGAGUCAAGAUAAAAUUGUGGUGGCAGAAGCAACAUCAUCUACGGCAUUACUUAAAUUUAAUUUUCAAAGAAAUAUUCCUGGAAUACGUAUGUUUCAAAUCCAGUACAAUGGUACUUACGAUGACACCCUUGUUUACAGAAUGAUACCUCCUACGAGCAAAACUUUUCUUGUCAAUAACCUGGCUGCUGGAACUACGUAUGACUUGUGUGUCUUGGCGAUAUAUGACGAUGGCAUCACUUCCCUCACUGCCACCAGAGUCGUGGGUUGCAUCCAGUUUACUACGGAGCAGGAUUACGUGCGGUGCCACUUCAUGCAGUCCCAGUUUCUGGGAGGCACCAUGAUUAUUAUUAUUGGUGGGAUAAUUGUAGCAUCCGUGCUGGUUUUCAUCAUCAUUCUAAUGAUCCGGUAUAAGGUUUGUAACAACAACGGCCAACACAAGGUCACCAAGGUCAGCAAUGUCUACUCGCAAACGAAUGGGGCUCAGAUGCAAGGCUGCAGUGUAACGCUGCCCCAGUCCAUGUCCAAGCAAGCUGUGGGGCAUGAAGAGAAUGCUCCAUGUUGUAAAGUUGCCAGUGACAGUGGGAUACAAUCUUCAGAAGUUUGUUCAAGUCAGGACUCCUCUACCACUACCUCUGCUUUGCCUCCUACCUGGACUUCAAGCACUUCUGUGUCCCAAAAGCAGAAAAGAAAGACAGGCACGAAGCCAGGUACCGAACCACAGAAUGAAGCUGUCACAAAUGUUGAGUCCCAAAACACUAACAGGAACAACUCAACUGCAUUGCAGUUAGCUCAUCGACCUCCUGAUUCUGUCACAGAGGGGCCCACGUCUAAAAGAGCACAUUCAAAGCCAAAUGCUUUGCUGUCUAAUGUUGACCAGAUUGUCCAGGAAACACAGAGGCUGGAGUUAAUCUGAAGAGCACCACUUCUCUCUCCUGAAAAAAUGUUGCCACUGAUAUUUUUACUGGAUAAAAUUCAAAAAAAAGUUUCAAUUCACAAAGGCUAAUUGUUGAACUGAUGUCCUAGAAGAAAUUGUCCACAGGAGCUGAAGCAGAAGUUUCUGAUGCCGGUGCAACUGGCUCCAUCAGAUCACUGUUCAUCUCUUUUAAAACCAAAUUGUUUUUCUUCUGGUCCACAAUUAUUUUUUUUAAAAAGAAGGAAAGAAAUAAGCCUAUAUUGGGCAUCGAGUUCUGUAUCAAUCCAUGUUACAUUGCCAUCCAUGAUUUAAGACUGUAGAAUCUUGAAUAAUCUAUAUCACUUUAACGAAUAAAUGUUUUACUAUGAC